AUGAGCGCAAUCGGACCUGCCCCUGGCCGUGAUACUAUCCCGCAUUUCAAGGCGCGUGCCAAGUCGCCAUCCCGACACAGUGCAGGGAUCUUCGUGCUUAUUUACCUCGGCAAAAGGCUUGGGCAAGGCUUGGAUCGCUUGUGUUUCCUUGUCGAUGAAAAGGAUGUACCGGUGGGUAUAGUGUUAUGCACUGACAGGUGGUUUGUAAAUGAAAUAUGGACGCAUCUGGUUUGA